AUGUCCAAGGGACAUACGAAAAUCUCGGGAGCGAUGGUCUUGAAGCCGUCGACAGACCGGCAUCAUGUCAAAAUCAAGCAAAUAUCGCCGGACGAGACGGUCCCGCUUCGCCACACAGUACUGUGGCCCAGCCAUCCCGUGUCGCACGUCCUACUCCCUGAGGACAACCAGGGUUCUCACUAUGGAGCUUCCCUCCCGCACGGCGACCAUCCAAUCGCCGUCAUUUCUGUCUUCAAAGAACCGCUGCCUUGCGAUCCGUCUCAUCAAGGACGCGACAUUGGCACAAUGUUACUGAAGCACGUCUUCGAGAUAGCUGCUAGCGACCUUGGGUGCGAUGUCAUUUGGUGCGAUGCGCGGCUUGCCACGGCGGAGUGGUACGAGCGGAGAGGGAUGUCCCGCUUCGGAGAGAUCUUCCACAAGGGAGACAUACCUUACGUCCGUAUGAAAGGAUCUCUGAGCCACUAA